AGCGAGCGGGCGGGCGGGCGAGCGGGCGGGCGAGCGAGGCGCGGGCGAGGCUGGGACCCGAGCGCGCUCUCUGCUCAGCCAAGUGCCAACUUCGUGCUGACGGGCUGGGUGUGCACCUUCCCGCGGGGCAGGCAGUCAGCGGGAAUUUGAGAUUUUAGGGAAGAAAGUCGGCUUCGCCCUGUCCCCUUCCCCCCGGGUUCAAAAUCCCCAUUAAAAAGCAAAACAACAUUUACAACAAACUUGCUCUCAUCCCGCCGGCCCCCUCAACUCCCGGCACCAUGAAAGCGGCCGUCGAUCUCAAGCCGACUCUCACCAUCAUCAAGACAGAAAAAGUGGAUUUGGAGCUUUUUCCCUCCCCGGAUAUGGAAUGUGCAGAUGUCCCUCUGUUAACUCCGAGCAGCAAAGAAAUGAUGUCCCAAGCACUGAAAGCUACAUUCAGUGGCUUCACAAAAGAGCAGCAGCGACUGGGAAUCCCCAAAGACCCCCGGCAGUGGACAGAAACCCAUGUUCGGGAUUGGGUGAUGUGGGCUGUGAAUGAGUUCAGCCUGAAAGGCGUGGACUUCCAGAAGUUCUGUAUGAACGGAGCGGCAUUGUGUGCCCUGGGUAAAGAAUGCUUCCUCGAGCUGGCUCCAGACUUUGUUGGGGACAUCCUGUGGGAGCAUCUAGAGAUCCUGCAGAAAGAGGACGUGAAACCGUAUCAGGUUAAUGGAGUCAACCCUACCUAUCCAGAAUCUCGUUAUACCUCGGAUUACUUCAUUAGCUAUGGUAUCGAGCAUGCUCAGUGUGUUCCUCCCUCAGAAUUCUCAGAGCCCAGCUUCAUCACAGAGUCCUAUCAGACGCUGCAUCCCAUCAGCUCAGAGGAACUCCUGUCCCUCAAGUAUGAGAACGAUUACCCUUCUGUCAUCCUCCGGGACCCUCUCCAGACAGACACCUUGCAGACAGACUACUUUGCCAUCAAGCAAGAAGUGUUGACUCCAGACAACAUGUGCAUGGGGAGGGCUAGUCGUGGUAAACUCGGAGGCCAGGACUCUUUUGAAAGCAUAGAGAGCUACGAUAGUUGUGACCGCCUCACCCAGUCCUGGAGCAGCCAGUCAUCUUUCAACAGCCUGCAGCGUGUCCCCUCCUAUGACAGCUUCGACUCCGAGGACUAUCCCGCUGCCCUGCCCAACCACAAGCCCAAGGGCACCUUCAAGGACUAUGUGCGUGACCGUGCUGACCUCAACAAGGACAAGCCUGUCAUUCCUGCUGCUGCCCUGGCUGGCUACACAGGCAGCGGGCCUAUCCAGCUGUGGCAGUUCCUUCUGGAAUUACUCACUGAUAAGUCUUGUCAGUCUUUCAUCAGCUGGACAGGAGACGGCUGGGAAUUCAAGCUUUCUGACCCAGAUGAGGUGGCCAGGAGAUGGGGAAAGAGGAAAAACAAACCCAAGAUGAAUUACGAGAAACUGAGCCGUGGCCUUCGCUACUAUUAUGACAAAAAUAUCAUCCACAAGACAGCGGGUAAGCGCUAUGUGUAUCGCUUCGUCUGUGACCUGCAGAGCCUGCUGGGAUACACCCCCGAGGAGCUGCAUGCCAUGCUGGACGUGAAGCCAGAUGCUGACGAGUGAUGGACACAAAAGGGACUGGGGGCACCCUGCUGAGACCUUUAAAAAAAACUGCGUUGGCUGGACUCUUAAUUUUUCAUUGUUAUUCUAUGUUUUAUUUUCCAGAACUCAUUUUUCACAUUCAGGGGUGGGAGCUAAGGGAGCUGCAGCUAUAUUCCAUUGGCCAUGGUGAGGCUGGAGAGAGGAAGUGAAGACCUCUGGGGUGGGUGGGUCAAGAAACUCCUGAGCAGAUUUUCCAGGAGAGAGGAAAAGGUCUUCUCAGAAGCGUGAUGGACCUGGCUUGCAGGAGGAAGAAACUAACGUGUCCAGUCAUUAAAACAAGUCUAAGGAAAAAAAGUCCACCUUGACCUAUGGAUCUAAGAGCAGGAGGACAUGGUCACAUCAAGAGUAAUGGGAUUGAUGAAAACCAAUCAAAUUGGAGGGUGGGAUAAAAACAUUUUCUUCAGGGGAUUACUAAAAACAAGAAUUAUUAACCUUUCUACUUUUUUAAACAAAGAUGAACUUCAGUGGAGGGGGUCUGAAACUGUUUUUUUCAUGUUAAAGUUUAUUUUAUUAAAUUUUGUGCCAGUAUUUUUUUUUUCUUAAAAAAAUUGUUUUAAGCUCUAAGGUGGUCUCAGUAUUGCAGUAUUGUGAGUUUGUUCUGAUUUGCUGGCUGAGGAUUCCGUCACAGUGAAAGGCAACCGUUUAUAUAGACCCCAUCGGACAAGUCAAAGCUCUGUGCUGAGCUCGGAGACCCCAAACUCACCUGACUUACAGCUAAGGGAAAUGAAUGCCUAUUUGGGAGCGUGUGAAUUCUACCUGCAGUUUGUAUCAUAUCUUCACGUCCCUUUACUUGUCAUUGAAAGGACUUAUCAGGCUUUGGGCUUAGAGUUAGUUACGGGGCAUUAAGUCUUUGCACUGAAUGUAUUUUGCAGCUCUGAUUUGGGACCGUUGUCAACAUAGGAACACUGUUAAAGUCUUGGAAAGGAAAUCGAAGGAGGAAGAUUAACCUGGUUUUGGAUUAGCUCUCUACCUGAAGCAUGGAUGUCUCAGAAUAAAAGCUGUUCGCAUGGGCAUUACCCCUCAGGGCUUAAGUAGGCCACUCCAAAUGAACACUCUAUAGUUUCUCCUCUAUGUCUUAUUUUCAUAGCACCCCACAUUGUAGCCCUCUCCUGCCCCAACCUCAUUGUUCAGUAGAGUGGAAUGUAAUGCUUUCUGAUAGGCGAGGAAACGUGUGAUUUCAGAUAUCACGGCACGAAUCAAAGAGUACAGACUUGCUAGGCCCAGAGGUCAUGGAAAUCCAGAGCGAAUUUCAGAAGCAUGUAACUUGGCCUCCUUUGGGAAGAGGCUUUCCUUUGAAGAAUAGGAGCUUGUCAGGUAGGACUUCAGGUGAGGCCGCACGCAGAGGAAGUGGUAGAGAGUGCGGAACCUGGAGCUUGACCUGUUACCUUGGCAGAAGGCAAGUGAAGGUCAGCUGCAGAUUAGAAGAAUGACUUAAGAAUGCAAGGGAAGGAGCUUGGUGAGGAGAAUAAGGUGGUCCAUGAUAUUUAGAUAUACUUGUGGUUCCCUCGAAGCUUAAAUACAAAGAGGUAAUUGAGGCAGUCAUCUUCCUGCCAGUUGGGAGGGGAGACCUGAAAAGAAGGUAUUGGGGGGUAAAACAAAACAAGAAAAUAUGCCUGGUAACAUUAGAAUCCCUUCCACUGGAUAAUUGCCUGGUUAAGACAAUGAUAGUAGAUGUCCAUGGCAGAAAAGAAGGCAAUUGAGAUGGGCAUCUCCAUCUUUCUCCAUUUCAUUCCUUCUGGGAUUUCGCUAAGAAAAUGAAAGUUGUAACUACCUUGUAUCAUCUUCAUGAGAUUUGAUGACUCCCAGAUUCUCUCGCAGACCCUGAAUUACUAAGAGCAUAACUCUUGUCCAUGGGUGUUCUGUACUGAAUGAUUGGAGCAUCCACACAAGGAGGUGAAGGCAAAACAUCCCAGCUAUAUAUUUUAAUCUUACAUAUGCAGGUGCCUUAAUGAAGCUCUCAAAAUAUUUAAGAGCUGCUCAGGGAGUAUUAGGUGGGAUCAUUUGGAUUACGUUGUUUUAUAUUAUGUGAUCUUUGUUGGGCACUGGCAGUGUGUUUGUGUGUGUGUGUGUUUGUGUGUGUGUGUGUGUGUGUGUGUGUAUGCACUUGUGUAAAACUGCAACUGAAAUAAUACUGAAUUUUCUACUUAAGUCUGUCUAUGUUUCUCUAAUGGUGAAAGAGUACAGCCAGGGCCGAUAUCAUUGCUUGCUGUUUGCCACAGGGCUUUAAACAACCCCUUUCCCAAGUGAUCCUCCUUCCCUAUUCAAUUCAUGCUGAGAACUCCCCUUCUGUAAGUCUAAUGCCUGCAGUCCCUAUGGCGGAUGAGUGGAGAAAGUGCCCCCUUGCGUUCUCGGCUCGCUGACUUGUCACGAUGCGCUUUCUCCCUAGGUCCACUAUUUUCAGGAUCUGUAGAUAGUAUAUUAGUCAGACAGCUUUGUUGUCCAUCUGGCCCGAUGCUUUUUCUCCUUCUGUCCAGAGGCCAGAGACCAUCCCAGGAAGAGUGGUGGGUGGUUUAUAUACACUGGAAAUGGAGCAGCCUUGUUGCAUUGAUGCUCUUUAAAAACAUGUUCACUUCAGAGGGAGGCGGAACAAAUCUGAUCGAGCUGGGCGACGCUCUUGUUUUCCCAGAGACAUGCUUUAACCUAUGUGUGGCUUUUGCCUCAGAGUCCGGGAGAAGGGGGCUCUCUACGGGGAGCUCUGGUUUUGUGGCCGUGGAGAUUGGUGGAAGCAUUUCUAGAUCAGAGGCGCUCUUCCUCACUUUGGAGACCAGCACUCUGGGUUGUAAAGCAUUAACCUUCGUGGUGAAAUCACACCUCUCUCUUCCAGCCAUGCUGUGCAUGCUGCUUCCUCUGUUGGGGUCUAUAUAAAUUUGUUGAACUCUUACGAACAUUCCAAAGACGUUUCAAGGAACCACAAAUAUAUGUAUACAAAUACAUAUAUGAAGUAUAUAUGAUAAAAUGAAAUUAUCUCUAUCAGGAAUACUGCCUCAGUUAUUGAAUUUUUUUAAGAAUACUUUUUUUUUAAAGCUGAGAAUUAUUGGGGUAAAAAGAUGUUAUAUUGUGUUUGACUAUUUUCCAACUUGUAUUUUCAUAUAAUUUAUAUUUUUUAAAUGCUGAAAUUUAAAAGCAAGAUUUAAAAAAAGGAAAAGCAGGUGCUUUUUAACAAUCAGAACUGAGGUAGCUUAGAGAUGUAGCGGUGUGAGUGUCGUAUAUGUUUUUUUUUUAAACAAAUGCAAAUAAAAUUCUUAUGGGGGAGUUUUUUUGUUUCUUUUAGUAGCUGAUGCUGGCACAUCAUUUUGCUGGAAAGUUUUUUAUAUACUGUAGCCUGAUUUCAUAUUGUAUUUUAAACUGUGUGAAAUUAAAGAAACAAAGAAAUUCAU